UUAAACGUCAUUUAACAUCUCUUAAGCAGAUACAGCUGAAAUAAGACAAACGAAUCGGUUUUGGAGAUUUCUCAGUCUGGGUAAGAAAAAGGUAGAAACAAUGGAGGGACAAAGUUUACUCGGUGGUGGAAAGUCAAGUAUCACCAAUCAUCAAGAAGAAUCGGGAAACAUGAAAUUUUUCCAAAAUGCAGAUGCUUGGUCAAAGAUCAAAGACCUGAAAGACACAUCUUCGCAGUACAUGAAGCCAGUCAUUUCUGAGAUGAGGAAACAUGGUGAAAAAGCUAUGAAACAAAUGAAAGAAGAUAUAGAAGCUACACCGUUGAAUUCUUGGAGGCAAAUUGGAAUGGCCUGCCUGGCAGAAUUUCUGGGAGUGCUUUUCUUCGUCUAUAUUGGUUCAAUGUCUGUGGGAACAGGGUCAGCGACUGCCAUUGCACUCGCUCAUGGACUCACAAUAACGGCCUUGAUAAUGACAAUUGGACAACUUAGCGGGGGACAUUUCAAUCCUUCUAUUACUCUAGGAGUUAUGGUGGCAGGACAACUGAAGGUUGGCAUCGCCUUGGUCUACUGUUUUGUACAGUUGUUUGGUGGCCUGGUAGGCGCUGGUCUGGUCCAAGCAAGUCUUACAAACAGGUCUUUUGCCGAAGACCCAAAUGAAGAAGACGCUAAGGUGGAUAUUAAUGGGGGUGCGCCACAGUUAGACCCCCGGGUCACUACCCCAGGUGGGGGGUUCUUCAUUGAGGUAGUCUUGACUUUGGUGGUGGUAAUGAGUGUCUUGAUGACCGCCAUUGAAAGCCGUGGCAGGAAUAAAGCAGCACCUGUGAUCAUAGGGACAACUAUUGCAGUUUGCAUAAUGGCAGGUUUGUUUUUUUUUGACAGCUCUUUCUCUACGGGCGGCUGUAUGAAUACUGCUCGGGCCUUUGGUCCUGCUGUCGCAGUCUCUUCGUCCAACCCCGACAUCUGGACGUAUCACUGGAUCUACUGGCUUGGGCCUAUAACUGGGGGAUUGUUGGCCGGGAUCCUCUACAGGCUGUUAAAAAGAUCUGGCUGGUCAGCACCGAUAGAAAAGCGAUCCAUCGAACUGGAGGAAAAAAACGCAGACGAUGAGCUCGGCUUGGACCACAGUGGCUACCAAACAAUCCCUGAUCGUGGCGGACUUAUGAAAACAGGGAGUAAAGACGUAAUGGAGGAUAGCAGCAUCUUUGAAAUUGACGAGACUCCAAAGAAACCUGCAAAAUAAACUUUCAUGACUUUCCAGAUAUAGCUGGCAAAAUUAUAAUUAAAUGAAAUGAAAUUGCCUCAGAGAAGCAGAUGUGAUUUAUUGGAUGCAAUCUGUACAUCCGUGUUUCCUCAACUAACGCAACGACUUUUCAUACAUGUAACCGUUUCUGCAAUUCAUUGGAAUAAAUACGCAUGAAUUAUGUUAUUAUUUCC